UUAGUGAAGCUGCACACUCGGGAGAGGGAAUAAAAGCAAAACUGCACUUGUAACGUUGGAAAAGCAAAUAUGCAUUGCGAUGCAAUUUGUUUAUUUUUUUUAAAAAAAAACGCAAAAUUAAAACAAAAGUGGGACGUGAGGAGUGCUAAACAUUGCAAACAACAAGAAGGGAAUAUAACGGAUGGGAGAGCUGGAUAGAUAAUUGCAGUAGGGGUUCCACACGUAGACAAGCAAAGGGAUGCCCUUCGAUAUAAUGUCAGGCAGCGCGUGGUAACUCAGUUCCCGGGUCAACGUUCCAAAUCCCCGGGCCAGGGUUCCGCAGCGCGCGCCGCCAGGCGGGCGGCCCACUGUAUGUUACACAGUUUGUUACACAAGUUGUUACAUAUUUUGUUACACUGCCCCCCGUUUGCUACACGUGGGCGCGGAGCCGCUCAUUCCGCUCUGAAUGCAAACUCUCCAUCUCUCCCUCGCUGUCUUGGGUUCGUGGAGUUCCGUGACAGAUUCCUUCCAGCAGCAGCAGCCGCCGCCGCCACCGGUGGAUCCCGGUGCCUGCAAUUUCGCCAGUUUACCAUGCGCCGGGUGGAAGCCCCAGGGGAGGGCAGCCGAGCGAAUUUGGAGGGAUAACGCCGGCGUUUGCAUAACCCGAUCGGGAGCAUGCUGUGCGUGUUUCACCACGGACGCGUCGCGGUUCGGGGGCCGAGCCUGUCGUGGUGGAGUGGGUGCUGGGCAUCGGUGCACCCAAGGGGCUGGAGGCUGCCCUCUCCCCUGGGCAGCCCCCCGUCUCUCACCUUCUGCUCCAGGGGCAGUGGGAAGGGCAAGAACCAAGGCCCAGACGAGCCCACGGCUGCUUUCUCUCUGGUGACGGUGACCGAGAUCCGGCAGUACCUCCGAGCCAAGGGAGUCCCGUUCCACGACGGUUACAGCUGCCUCCAGGCACCAAGCCCGUUCGCCAGCACAGUACCUGGGCCGAGCGCAGUGACCGCGAAGGAGAACUUCUCCCUGUUCAUCGACAAGACAACAGGAGGGUUCGUGUGCAAGGAGAGCCUGCUGGAGGGCAGCUGGAGGGAUUUACAGGAUUGCCUGGAGGUGAUGCAGAAGGAAGGCCGACAGAGCUUGGGCCCCAACGUGCGGCUUGAGGUGCCGGAGAGCGACUGGGAGCUGAGCGAGUGGGAGGCUGAGCUGAGCGAAGCCCGGAGGAUCUGGGACGGGGCAGUGGCCUUGCCAGACCUGCCCCGGGAUGUGGUGCAGUCGGUCAAGGCCGUGUUCGGGAUCGAGAAGGUUCCCGAGGCCACCCUGGGGAAGCUGAGCGUCAGGUAUUGCCAGGCCUCUGGGAGUCUAGUGUUCCCCUGGUUCGGAGGCAGAGACUCGGGCCUGAAAGGCCUGAAGCUGCUCUCUGCCAAGCGAGAUGGUGAACGACUAAACUACACAGCAAUGACGCUACCCCGGGCAGGCCGUUACAACAACCUCUUUGGCCUCCAUGUCCUGUCCAGGAAGGAUACGGCGCUCGUCCUGACCGCCAGAGAGACUGAUUGCCUGGCGGUCAGCUGUUCCACCGGUCUUCCCUGCAUCUCCUUGCCCCGCGGGGUCACUUGCCUGCCGCCUGUGCUCCUGCCAUACCUUGAGCAGUUCAAGAGGAUCACCCUGUGGUUGGGCAGCGACCUCCGGGCCUGGGAGGCCUCCAAGAUCUUCGCCCGGAAGCUCAACGUCAAGCGGUGCUACCUGGUGCGGCCCAGCGAGCAGCAGCCCUGCCCUCUCGAGGCUCUGGGGGCUGGUCUCCACCUGGGCAAGAUUGUGAAGAGCGCCAUGGCGGCCAGCCACAAGUCCAUCAUCUCCUUCCGUCAGCUCAGGGACGAGGUCUUUGGAGAGUUGGCCAACGUUGAGCAGGUCUCCGGUAUCAAGUGGCAGCGCUUUCCUGACCUCAACAAACUCCUCAAAGGCCAUCGCAAAGGGGAGCUGACGGUUUUCACAGGGUCUACAGGCAGUGGGAAGACCACCUUCAUCAGUGAGUAUGCCCUGGACCUCUGUAUCCAAGGUGUGAACACCCUGUGGGGAAGCUUUGAGAUCAACAAUGUGCGUCUGGCCAAGAUUAUGCUGACUCAGUUUGCGAUGCAGCGCCUGGACGAUCAGCUGGAGAAGUACGACGAGUGGGCGGACAAGUUCGAGAACCUGCCGCUGUACUUCAUGACGUUUCAUGGCCAACACAGCAUCAAGUCAGUUAUCGACACAAUGCAACAUGCGGUUUACAUGUAUGACAUCAGCCACGUCAUUAUAGACAACCUGCAGUUCAUGAUGGGACAGGAACACUUCACCAUUGACAA